AUGUCUUGGAAAAAUGCCCGCAAAAAGAAUAGCCAGUCUUUGAAGUUCUUAAGCUACGAACCACAUAGCGAAAAAUUUCAAAAAAAUGUCAGGAAUAGUACAAGUAUAUUUGACGAAGUUAUUGGGACAGUUCAAAGACAAGAUUCUUCCUCUAUAUCGGAAAUUAUAACGCUUCUUCAAGAUGAACACAUUCUUGAUGUUUUAUCUGACCACUUACCACCAACUAGUUCUAUUUCCUUACCCACGCCUCUUGGCAUUGCUAGGCUUAUGGAUAGAUACGAUAUUUGGUCUACACAAGAAAAUUCUGAUGAUGAGAGCAUUCAAAGUGAAGAACAGAACACUGACAUAGAGACAAAUGUUAUACAUAAAUGA